AUGUUCACCCGCGUCGGUGCCUUUUUGGAGGCCAUCGACAAGAAGACAGAGGAGCUGGCCAAUGCCGUCGAUGAGGAGGACCUCGCGCGGACGGCGGGGCAGCGACUGCACAGCAGUAGCGGUGUGAGCAGAAACACGUCUUUGCAGCAGCAUCCUCAGCCACCGCUGUGCCCCGCAAGGGGCCACGACAGCGGUGUUUUUCAUGAGAGCCGCCUCGGCGGCCUCCCGCGCAGCCGUGGCAAUGCCGCCGGUAGUAGCAGUGAUGACUUCCAGACCGCGGGGACCCCGCCCUCGGUCAUGAUCUCGUCGGCACAUGUUGCAUCUGACAAAGCGUACGCGGCAGGACACGUGCCACUGUCGCUGCCCACAAAGUUACCCUCGUUCCGGCCAUCUACGCAAGACCCGGCGAUCGAUGGCGGCAGAGGAGGCGUUGCCGCUGGAUGGAAGCAGCACCUGACUGCGUCCACUGUGGCGGACCCGUUUCCCGGAAACGAUCUCGCCUCAAGCCAGGGUGAUGCAGCCAUCGUCUCGUCUGCUGCGCUCGGCGGUGGCGAGACACCUAUCCAUAACAUCAGCAUUGCGGAAGCCGCGGUGGAGCGACUCAAGGCGCGGUGCAAAGCCCUCGAAGCCGACAAGACACGCUGGCAGCAAGAGGCCGCCACCCAUCGCGCUCAGUGCAGCGCCGCACGGGACGCCUUGUGGAAAGCGGAGCAGGAUACACGCGCGAGUCGCGCAGCUCAGCGUGCGGCUGAGCAGGCACUCACGGUCUACAAGGAAACCUCGCAGCGGCUGUUGGACGAGGCGCAUCAUGAGUUGAAGCAGGCACGCGACGCCGCAGCGGGGCGGUCCUCAGCGACAGAACCACAGCAGCAGACUGACGCAUCGCACGACGCACGGGAGCUGCAUCAGCGGCUAGAGCUGCUGCAGGCAGAUCACGCAUCGCUGAACGCCGAGGUAGAGCGCUAUCGCCAGGAAGCGGCCAAGGCAACAGCGGAACUGCAGCACAUGCAGGAGAGGCACCGACAGGCACAGAUGCGCGUUGACAUGUUGCAGCUCGAGGUGGGCGCCGCCCGCGAGUCACUCGAGGGCGAAGUCUCGGCACACGCGGACACGCGAAGUGCCCUACGUCGUCUACAGACGCAGAAAGAUGAGCUAGUGAGAAGGGGCAGCAGCCCUUCCUUGUCCGCAGCGGUGGCACAGGGCACCGGUGAAGCAGGCCCCGCUGUCGAUGUGGGACCGCUGCAGAGAGAGCUGAAUGAGCUGAAGCAACGCCACCAACUUCUCACUCUUCAGGCAAGCAACCUACAGGCCGCCCUCGACGCCGCGGCGCGUGAGGCGACAGACAUGAAAGCACGGUACAACGAGCUCGCGAAGCACGUGAAUGAUGCGGAGGUGGAGAUGGCAGCUGGCUUCCGCGCGUCUGCCAUAUAUGAGAACGGCAACGGUUGCAGCUCUGUCUUCCCUGCGCCUCCGACGACUUCCUCCAUGCGCGGCCACCGAGGCCCCAAUGCCGAUAGGAACGGACUUGGCGGGCACAGCGCGGCGGCUGGCGCUCCUUGGGCACACUAUCCUGGAGCUGCAGCCACCACACCGGAGAGCAGCGGUGACGCCCGGCGCCGCAACCCGGCUAUGGUGCGUCUGGCACGUGAGUACGGUAUCGCCGGCCGCGCAGUUGUCGCAGUCGUCUCCUCCAUUGACAGCUUCGCCGUGCAGGUGGGCCGCGUCCUCACGCAGGCGCGUUGGAUGUGGCGUGUGGCGCUGAUGUGCUACAUUGGCCUCCUGCAGGUUUGGGUGGUCUUGAUGAUCAUUGGCACCCUCGCCCUGGAGGACAGCGCGCAUGUGCAGGAGAUGGCGAAGGUUCCAGAGCCCCUGUAG